AUGGCGGAUGAAAGCAGCAGCCUUAUCGUCAACAACUCUUCCUCUGCAAUUAUGGAAUCGAAACAACACCCACUCCAUCAAAUAGCCGAGACCCCAUCUCACAAGCUGCUCCUGAAACAAUGGCUGAAGGAAGAAGAAUUAAUCCUCAAUCGAAUCGCGUUCAAGGAGACCCAGAUCGAUUCCAUCCGCAAGGAAAUCACCCAGCUCUAUUGCUUCUUCUUCCUCUUCCACUCCACCGCCCUGCUCCUCCUAUUCUCCACCUCAUCCUCCUCCUCCUCUGUCGCCGCCGCCGCCGGGGAAGGUAAAUUCUGCCGCCGGUCGUGGAUCCCGUCUCUCUGCUCGCUUCUGUUUUCUCUUGGGAUGAUCUGGGCGGUAAGGUACAAGAUGGAUGUGGAGGCCCACACGGAGAAGCUGCUGGAAAGGGAAAAGGAAGACUGGAAGCUUCUGGGGAAAUGCUCAGGGGAACUGAAGAAGAAAGGUCUGGAGUUUGAUCUGUUGAAAGAAGUAGAUGCGUUGAGGAGGGCGAAGAGCUUGAGGGUAGAAUCGUCAUCUGGAAAAGCCGGGGUGAGGAAAUGGUCUGCUCUUGAUUUCGCCACCCUGUUCUUCUUCACUGUUUCUUGCUCGGUUCUGGCUCUAACUAGGGUCAUUCUCUGUUACUGA